CCUUAACUAUCACAGUGCACUGCUUAGAGAGAGAGAGAGAAAGAGGGAGAGAGAGAGAGAGAGGGAGACUACAACUGCACCUCCAAAAUGGCCGGACUUGGCACUUAUUGUUGCUCAACUUUCUCUUCCAAAAGUUUAAGGACAUCUCCAUUGGAAUUCAAGUCUCUCACUCAUCGCGGAGGAACCGUCGUGGGAAAUCCGAUUCGUCGGAGAGGUUUGGCCAUUAGAGCAGAAGUGAAUUAUGUGAGUGCUGAAGAAGCAAAAGAACUUAUUGCUGAGGGAUACACAGUUCUUGAUGUCAGGGAUAAAUCUCAAUUUGAUAGAGCACAUAUCAAGUCAUGUUACCAUGUCCCUCUUUUCAUUGAGAACGAAGACAAUGACUUUGGCACAAUUGUGAAGAGGACUUUGCACAACAACUUCUCGGGUUUGUUCUUCGGUCUGCCGUUUACUAAGCCUAAUCCCGAGUUUGUUCAAUCUGUUAAAAGCCAGUUUUCAUUGGGAAGUAAGCUCUUGCUUGUGUGUCAGGAAGGAUUGAGGUCUACUGCUGCUGCUAAUAAGUUGGAGGAAACUGGGUUCCAAAACUUAGCAUGCAUAGUAUCUGGUCUUCAAACUGUCAAACCAGGAACACUUGAUUCUGUUGGUUCCACUGAGUUGCAAGAUGCUGGUAAAGCUGGUUUAAUCACUAUUCAAGGCAAAAUCUCGGCUGUGCUUGGAACUGUACUUGUCUGUGCAUAUCUAUUCAUCACAUUCUUCCCAGAUCAAGCAGAGAAGUUGUUUCAGUUGGCUCCUACAAGCUAGCUCCUAUAAGAAUACGAAAUAUCUCUAAUCCCUCUGUCAAUUGACUGAAGAAAUUGCAAUUUUUGGACCUCGGCGACAUAGAUGUAUCGGUGAAUGUUCAUGUCUAUAAAUAGCCAAUUUCUUUGUUCUCAAUUUGGCUUUUUAAUAGUUAGCAAUUUAGCACAGCGCCCUUACUAAACAUGAAUUAAAGAAUAGGAGAUAACCUCCGAGGAGGGAAAGCCAAAAAGGAAUUUAAUUUUAGUUCGAGAAUUAUAUUUCAGCCAAAAAAAAAAAAGAAAAAAAAA